CUCUUGCAUUGCCCAGAGGGCGCUGCGAAAAAGGUGCUAAAAAGCGCCCUCUAUCCUAAAAUGGGUCGUACCAAGCUCCGUCGUCUGCUUCGGAAAGCACGUUUACACUAUGGACCCGCCACUUUCGGUUGUGUUGUAUCACGGCCUGCAGCGAAUAUCAGGCGCCGAAGAUUUUUUCAGGGGUGGCACGCUGCGUAAAGGCAAGAAAUUAUGCAGUGCCGAAUACGUGUACGCCGUUCAAGAAUUAAGCGGCGAAGUUUUAGCGCGGUGUCAAUCGCAAGUGAAGCGAGUCGCGUACGAAGUGGAACUUCAGCUUUCGCCUCAGCGUGCCAUAAUUUCAAGUAAAUGCACAUGCAAGGCUGGCCUGGGCAAAUGCAAGCAUGCUGCUGCUGUGGUGCUCUGGGUAAAUGAAUUUCAGCCGGCAUCAUGUACAGAGCUUCCACAAACCUGGGGACGCCCUUCACAAAGGCCAAAUAUAGAUGCCAAAGAAUCUAUAGAAGAGCUCUUCGGUCGUCCGAAGAAGAUAUUCAUCGGAGGCACAUGUCCCGACGAGGUUCCCCCAUCAUACGUUCAUGAACAUUUUUCUGAGAUAGCCUGUCCUCACAAUGAUAUUCAAAAAUUAGCAUCAAUGAGUGCCUCACAAAAAGAUGAAAUCAGGGUGCUUUCAAUCAGUAAAGAAACAGUUUUGCGAAAUUCUCACCUGUCAAGUCUACAAAAAAUGAUAUCAUGGGAGGCAGACAUGCCUGUGUACAAUGUAAUGGCAGCAACCUCUCAGACACCUACAGUGCUGACCAUCUCACGAUGCCAACUAACCGCGCGAAUGACUAUAGAAGAAAGCAAGUUUUUUUUUUCUAAAGUGCUGUGCUCACGGGAGGAUGCCGAGGAGAUUGCUGCAGGUACAGUCCUGCAGGCUGGCUGCAAAAGGUGGCACAAUGAACGCGCGAUCCGGCUGUCAAGUUCAAUCGCCCAUGCAGUUGUCGCCAGACGGCUACCAUUGGACUCUCUUGGCGAACAAAUUAAACGCAGGAAGCCCUUCUUUGGGAAGGCCGUUAUGCACGGGCGAAAGACGGAAGCUGUAGCCAGGGAACAGUUCGAGCAGAAAAUAGGAGGGCCUGUUUUGCAGGUUGGUCUCAUUGUGCAUCUGAAGCAACCAUGGCUGUGUGCCAGCCCUGACGGACUUUUCAAGUAUGGAGAGCAAACAACUCUGCUGGAAAUUAAGUGCCCGUACUCCAGGAAAGACGAUGUACUUAUCGACGACACCAAGGAAUCAAGCUUCAUUAAGUACAUUGUGUACAGAGAUGGACACUUGGAAGUGAACAAGCGCCAUCAGUAUUACACACAAAUGCAAAUUACAAUGUAUGUAACAAACACGACACAGUGUUUUUUUUUGUUUACACCUCCAACCAAACUGUCACAAUUGUUGUUGAACGUGAUGAGCACUUUUUGUCAGAGGCAAUUCCCAGGCUCGAACAUUUUUAUUUUAAUUUCUAUAUUAAGCACCUUGUUUAAGGUUCUUUGCUGCAUAUAAUUAUAAGGGGAAGUCAAAAAGUAAAGGGACUUUUGAGAAAAGGCACAUUUAUUCUAAUGAUAAAGAACUGAAACAUACAUUUUCUACAUAACCUCCCUGCACUUCAACGCAGUUUGCCCAAUGUUUCACGAGCUUUUUUGUUCCGUCGGAAAAAAAAGUUUUUUUUUGAUUGCACCUGUAACCAAUUUUGCACCGCAUCAAGGACUUCUACAUCGGUUGCUAAUCUUCCCCUGAGCGCUUCCUUCAAUGGUCCAAAUACAUGAAAAUCGCUUGGAGCCAGGUGUGGACUGCAUGGUAGGUGUUCCAGCAAUUUAAAUCCAAGCUCCUUUAUUGUUUCGGCUGUCCAUUUGGAAGAAUGUGGCCGAGCGUUAUCUUGCUGCAGGAUGAAACCUUUUUUGCAGUUUUCCACGACGUUUUAAUCUGAUUGCAGGUUUGUUUAGUUCACAACACAUCACAAUAGUUCUCACUGUUCACACUUUCGCCUCUUGGGCUGACAUGAACGGCUACCACACCUUCCAUGUCCCAGAAUAGUGUUAGCAUAAUCUUACCAGCUGAUGGUUGAUGUUUAAAUUUCUUAACUUCUGGUGAUGAGUGUUUCCAAACCAUGCUCACAGCCUUACUUUCCGGUUCGUGAUGAUGCACCCAAGUUUCGUCUACAGUAACAAUUCGCUGUAAAAAUUCAUCUCCAUCGGAACGCUAACAAGCCAAAUGUUUACGAGAGAUGUCCAACCUUCGUGCCUUAUGCUGCGCUGACAAUUCUUUUGGGACCCACCUUGCACAUACUUUCCAAAAAUGGAGCUGCCAUGUUUAGGAGUCUGCUACACUCUAACGACUAACGCAACAACAAGAGUGAGACGUUCCAUAGAAGCGUUGUAGACUACACUAAUUCAGCGCUGGAUGCUAGCAGUGCUAUCAAACCUUAGUGCCUUUGCUUUUUCACUUCCCCUCGUAUAUCACAGGUGGCUUGCAGUGGAGUGGGAACUGCAAGCACAUGGCAACAACUUCCACACUUGUCACAUUGGCUCAGGAGUGUCUGAUUAGAGUACACUCAUGGCAAGCAGUCACCUCACAUAUGUAGCUUCUAAGACACUGCUAACCACUUGUAAGAUGAAGCAAGUUUGUACAGAUCUUGCUUGGCUUCUCUAGCGUUGAAAAAAUAUGUGCUGUGCAGUGAUAGGGCCAAGUAUUUAUACGAGUGUAUAGGUAUGUGAGAAAUGUUUGUGCUAUGAUAUUUAUUGUUUUGCAUCACUAAGAGUUGCAGAGAUGUGCCAAAGCUUUCAAAUAAACUUUUUAUUACAUGUUCAA